UCUCUCUACCUCUCUCUCUCCCCCACCCUCUCUGUCUGUCUCCGAUCCCCCCUCUCCUUUGGCUCCUGUACGACUGAGGUUUUAGACCGGAGCCUGGUGACAAACCUGCCGAAAGAGGCCAUGUCGUACCUCGGGUUCCCCUUCCCAGAAGAAAACCAAUCCUUCACCACUCAUGCCCAGGUGCUGGACUACCUCUGCUCCUACGCGGACGAACACAACCUACAUCCUCUCAUCAGCCUCGGGCGCUCCGUCGAAUCCGUCCGCCUGGCUAGUCUUCCCUCCGUCGGGGAUUCCUCGCACGCAUCCGGCAGCGUUGGCGACAGUCUGAGUAGCAGCGAAGACUCAUCGGAAGAAGCGGCGACGGGGACCGUCACUGCCACUGCUGCAGGCCGGUACUAGGGAGGAAUCGACCAAGGGCAAUCAAGCACGGGGGUGGAGAGCACAACGCUCGGGAGGUGGGAGGUGGUGUACCGGCGAAGAAGCGCUCCUGCUGCGGCUGCCGUUGCUGAUGAUGAU